AUGAUCGGGACAUCAAUGGCGGAAGACGCUCCCAUCAGCAAACUGGGGGACGAUCUCGUCGAAGAAAUUCUGAUUCGUAACUUCCCGAAUCUUAGAUCCGCUUGCCGCAGCAAACCAGUAUGCAAGCGAUGGAACUCCCUCAUCUCCCACGCCCGCUCCAACCGCCGUUUUAUGUCUAACCAUCGGAGCAACAACGACGGCCAGCCACCUCUGCUCCUCUGCAAGGAAAAUCCCCUGCCUUCGCUCCUAAGCUUCCUCCAGUACCCGAUGAAUUCCGAUCCAGCUUCGUCGUUUGGGAUUCUUUCAAGAACUUGA